UAGAUCAUGUCCACGAUGGUGUACCCUCGAGACGACAAGCUGGAGAAGUUAUCUCAGGAGGAGAUCAUCUCCAACACUAAGCUGGUGAUUCAGGGUCUGGAGGCGCUGAAGAACGAGCACAACUCCAUCCUGCACAGCCUCCUCGAGACCAUCAAGUGCCUGAAGAAAGAUGAGGAGGCCAACGUGGUGCACGAGAAAUCCAACCUGCUCCGCAAGUCCGUGGAGAUGAUCGAGCUGGGACUUGGCGAGGCUCAUGUGAUGAUGUCUCUGUCAAAUCAUCUGAACACCGUAGAGUCGGAGAAACAGAAGUUACGUGCUCAGGUCAGGAGACUCUGUCAGGAGAAUCAGUGGCUGAGAGAUGAACUGGCCAACACACAGCAGAAGCUGCAGAAGAGCGAACAGAACGUGGCUCAACUCGAGGAGGAGAAGAAACAUCUGGAGUUCAUGAAUCAGCUCAAGAAGUACGACGAGGACGUGUCGCCAUCGGAGGAGAAAGAGGGUGAAGCUCCUAAAGACUCUCUGGAUGAUCUGUUUCCUAAUGAUGACGAGGAACACACUCAAGGCAUGCAGCACCAGCACAACAGUGCGGCCGUGGCGGCGGCGCAGGGCGGGUACGAGAUCCCGCGCCUCAGAACGCUUCAUAACCUGGUGAUCCAGUACGCGUCUCAAGGCCGCUACGAGGUGGCCGUGCCGCUCUGUAAACAAGCUCUGGAAGACCUGGAGAAAACCUCCGGACACGACCAUCCUGAUGUGGCCACCAUGCUCAACAUCCUGGCACUCGUGUACAGGGAUCAGAAUAAGUAUAAAGAAGCUGCUCAUCUGUUGAAUGACGCUCUCUCUAUCAGAGAAAAGACGCUGGGUAAAGAUCAUCCAGCUGUCGCUGCCACUCUCAAUAAUCUGGCUGUGCUGUACGGUAAGAGAGGGAAGUAUAAAGACGCCGAGCCGCUGUGUAAACGAGCUCUGGAGAUUCGAGAGAAGGUGUUGGGUAAGGAUCAUCCUGACGUGGCGAAGCAGCUGAAUAAUCUGGCCCUGUUGUGUCAGAAUCAAGGCAAGUAUGAUGAGGUGGAGUAUUAUUACAGCAGAGCGCUGGAGAUCUACGAGUGCAGACUCGGUCCAGAUGAUCCAAACGUCGCCAAAACCAAGAACAACCUGGCGUCCUGCCUCCUCAAACAAGGCAAAUACAAAGAAGCAGAGAUUCUGUACAAGGAGAUUCUGACUCGCGCUCAUGAGAAAGAGUUUGGAUCGGUGGACGCUGAAAACAAACCCAUCUGGAUGCACGCGGAGGAGAGAGAAGAGAUGAGCAAGGGGAAAAACAGAGACACUCCCUAUGGAGAAUAUGGAGGCUGGUACAAAGCCUGCAAAGUCAACAGUCCGACUGUAAAUACGACUCUGAGGAAUCUGGGCGCGCUGUACCGCAGACAGGGGAAGAUGGAGGCGGCCCAGACACUGGAUGAAUGUGCCAUGAGAUCCAAAAAACAGGGUCUGUAUCCCGUGCAUCAGUCUCGUGUCAUGGAGAUCCUGAAGGAGGGCGACGGCGAGCGGCGCCGCAGUAGAGACAGUCUGUCCAGUGUAAAGUACGAGAGCGGUUCUGAGGCCGGUGAUGAAGUGAGUAUGGCCAUAGAGUGGAACGGGGAUGGCAGUGGUGUGCUGCAGCGCAGUGGAUCUCUCGGGCGUCUCAGAGACGUGUUGCGCAGGAGCAGUGAACUCCUGGUGAAGAAACUGCAGGGCAACGGACCUCCAGAUACACACAUCACUCAUAUGAAGCGUGCCGCCUCACUCAAUCACCUGAAUAAGAGGGGUGACGACGUCGAUCAGAGUCAGGGCGGCAGACGGCUGAUAGAGAGUCGAGGUUUGAGCUCCAGUGAUGUGGAUCUGUACAGCAGCAGCUAAACAUCCUCCUGGGGAAAUGUGCUCAAUGCAAACAUCACAUACGUGCCUUCACGCUGUAGAGUUCAGCCAAUCAGAGGUCAAUCCGCAUCAUUUUCUGAGCUAAUGAUGUGCUGUGUGUUUCUAUUCACCUCAGUCAACCGAACGCUUCCAGACUUUUAACCGUGUUGACUCGGGUGUUUUUCUUACUCAUGUGAUAAUGUUUUAAAUAUAUAUAUUGUGUUCUGUCUCAGGGUGAAAAGGGACAUGUUGGUGUUUCUGGCUUUGGCUAAAAUGACUGUAAGACACUAGAUUUAUUGUUUAUGCCCGUUCAGAUUGUUUUUGCCUUACGGAGCUUUAUUAAAACUAAUGGAGCACAAUCCUGUACGUGUGGCUGCAUUUGUCUUAGAGGUCGCAGAGGUCAUUUCUCAAUUGCACCUCUGCUUCCUCAAUGGGAGAAUUAUGGUAAUUCUCUGCAGCCAGCUGUGUUUUCAUAUAUGAUGCAUUUUAAAAUAUGAUGCAUUUUCACAUAUGAUGCAUUUUAUAUAUGAUGCAUUUUAUAUAUGAUGCAUUUUGACAUAUGAUGCAUUUUAUAUAUGAUGCAUUUUCACAUAUGAUGCAUUUUAUAUAUGAUGCAUUUUAUAUAUGA